AUGGGACGACGGGAUCACGACGAUGAGCGGCCAAAGGUGCUCGAGUCGCUGAAGCGCCGCACCAGCUCGGGCACCAGCACUGGCAGCCGCACCAGCCCUAGCGCAUUCCACCGCCGGGUCAGCAACCAGAGCCAGAGCACUCGCAGCACCAGCACCAGCACCACCAGGCGAGACAGCCUCGCCGGGUCCGAGACGCCGCCGCCGCUGAUGCGGUCCAGCCCCAGCGUCGGGUCCUCCAGCUACGCAUUUUCGGGGAGCAGCGUCCUGAGCCCCCUGCGCAGAGAGCUGGACGCCUCCCACAGCCGCGAUGGCGGCGACGUGCGGGCCGGCAAGCUGGAGCUGGCGAGACGCCUCAGCAAGCUGGCAUCGCGCCUGACGUACGGCGACAGCAUGGAGGAGCUCAUGGCCCUCGGCAGCCAGGUCAACCAGAUCGAGCAGGCCCUUGGCGGCGGCAUCAACACCGGCAGCGUCUACGGGAGCCCGCCGCUGUCGCGAAGGCCUCGCCCGCUCAACAUCGAGACGCCUGUCCGCAAGAACAGGGGCAGCGACCUGGACGGCAGCGCCAUCUUCAGCUCACCGUCAUCUCUGUUCCGCAGUCGCUUUCCCGACCAAAUGUCGCCCACGCCCUCGUCAUCCAUGAUGUAUCAUGGUCGCCAUGACGAGUUCGAGGAAGAGGAGGCCCCGCCACCAAAGAACGGAAUGACCGCGGCGCAGUCCAACAAAAUCAUUGGAGAGUUGGUGAAACUGAAUGAAGAGCUCGACACCGUAGUGAGCAAUCUCACAGCCCGCCAAGAAGAGUCCGAUCACAUUCAUAGGUUGUUGGUUGAACGGGCUGAGCGUGCUGCCCAACGCAUCAUUUUCCUCCAGAACCGUAUUACUUAUUUGGAAGAGGAACUGCAGGAAAACGAUAAUGAAUUAACAAAUCUCCGCGUCUGUCUCAAAGCUGUCGAGAUUCAGUUGCCAGAACAUCCAGACAAGGAAUUGCAGCGAUCCUUUUCCGUCUUCAAGGAAGGCUAUAGAGCCUAUAAGAGGAAGCGCGCCCUUCGCUCCAAGAUGGUUAGCAACCUGGGCUACGAUUCGUCAAUUGCCUCUUCAUCAGCGAGGUGACCAAUGCCAUCAUUCCGCGAGUAUGACUUUUGAAAUAAGAUUGUCGCUGCCACCACCAAUCAGCGGCACUCUGCGAUAUUCGAAGCCGUCAACCAUUGAAGAAUUGAGAAGCGAUCUCGACCAGGGCUGACUUACGAUGAUGACGCAAAGCAACGGCGUUUCUUUUGUUUGGAUGGGGCAAAAUGAUAAAACGGGCGACGACGACUACGCUUUUCUUUUUCCACGAUAUGAUUCAUGAGACAUCGAUUUCACCAACCCUCCCCAGCCCUUGCUACGGCCUAUUUCAUUCUCGGUUGACGCAUCAUGACAAUUUGAGUGCAUCCCCUGUCUCUUUUUUUUUUUUUUCGGGCUGGGGCAAGUUUUGGAACACGACAGACUGAUAUGAUUUGUCCCCCUUCUCUUUUCUGCACCUGCAUCACCACAUUUGGUCCCAUGACCGAAGCAAAAGCAAAGCAAAACACACAACAAAAAAAAGCAAAGCAAGCGAGCAUAACAGAUUGAAUUGCGACUUUCGUUCUUUGAUCCAUUUUGUCCUUUUCCUUUCUUUUUUUGCCAGCAUAUUUUCCAUUCUUCUCCAUGAAAACAUGCAAAACCCGAUGGAGUCUGUAAUGGGCGAACAAAAGCUACCAUGAUGUGGCCAACCUUUGUUUUCCACACUUUUUUUUUCUCAUCACUGAAGUUCAAUACCUCUCUGUGACACACUCUUUAUUCCCCCCAAUUUCCUUAUUUUGGGUCACCCUUUAGAGUGAUUAUUGUGUAAAUCCUUUUAUUACCAUUUUUACAAUCCUUUUCCGGCUGAGAUUCGAAGAAGAAACAUUGUCAUGAUCUUCGUGAGAGGAAGCACAUGAUGAUUGAUCCUCUUCACCACUCAGCCCCAACGAAAAGUAAAACAAAUCGGGCAGGCAUAGUGAUGGGCGCAAGGCUGUUUUUAUUCCCACGGAUCGUUUUUUUACUAUCUAUAUUUCUUUUUGCUUCUUUUUGUAUUUAGUGUGUGCGUUGUCGUUUCUUAUAUCUGGUUUUGUUGUUUUACAGCUGCAAUUUGGGCAUCGCAUUAACAAAGUGUUUGUGUCUUGCGAGCGGAAUAUGACAUUAGUACUUUGAUUUUUUUGUUUUGUUAUUUUUGUGGUGGCAGAUUGAUCGACAUACACCCAAACCCUCUUACAUGUUUAUACCUUUUUACGUAUAAAUGUUACUGGAAAUUAUCUCAGCUUUACAUUAGUGGAAGGCAAGAAAUUUGUCGAGAGCAAGAAAGAUGGAGAUUUUAAUGAAGUAGCCUUGAGAGUAUUGGAAAUAUCAGAAAAGAGAAUGUUAUUGUGAGAAGGAAGAGACGAAGAGAAAUGGGAGUCCAAGUGGGAAAAAAAGAAGAAAGGAGAAAAAAAAUAAAACAUGUACACAAAGCUUCCCAAAUCACGGACAUCUUUUUUCUUUUCUUC